AUAUUUGAAGACUAUUGAUACCAGUAGGUGGGACUGAUCAAGGUAUCUGUCAUGGUGUUUUUACGUGUGCGGGUGUUACAGGUUGACAGUAAGGACAUUGAACUGCCAGGUUCAGUCCUCUUUGAUCCCUUUGUGGCUGUCAAUGUCAAGGAAUCGGUCAAAGAUGCGAAUGGACAAACACAGUUGAGGCAGAAGAGGAAGACAGCCUUUGUUGAGUGGAAUAAGUGCUUUGAUUCUCAUUUAUAUGAUGGCCGUGUUAUCCAGAUCAUUGUUUAUAACAGACCAGAGGCCUACCUGGCUGAGGCAAACUUCAAUGUUAACGCACUGGCUGCUAUGUGUGGUAUGGAAGGAAAGAUUGAAACAAAAUGGCUGGAACUCAAGCCCUGCGGUCGACUGCAAGUUCAGCUUCGUUGUUUCCCAGAAGAAGGAGGAGGUGGAGGAAGACCCAUGUCAUUACCAGAGGCAUCAUCAACAGAUCCUAUGAACAGUGUAAGAAGCACUGUUACACACCAGAAUUCAGAUAUGGAUAAGAAAGAUGACACCACAGGAUUACUGACCAAGCGCCGUGUAGCCAUCAGAAAGGCCAAAAUUCAUGAACAUCGGGGUCAUAAGUUCACCCCACACUACUUCCGCACUCCAGCAUACUGCAGCUACUGCAAUGACUUUAUUUGGGGCCUGGUUGGUACACAAGGAUAUCGAUGCAUGGAAUGCGAGUUAUCUGUUCAUAAAAGGUGCUUUAAUCAAGUACUUGGUAAAUGCCCUGGCACAGGAGUCGAUACAAUGGAGACAAAGAAAUUGAAAGAGAGGUUCAACAUUAAUAUGCCUCAUAGGUUUAAGGUCAACAACUACAAGAGUCCUACAUUCUGUGACCAUUGUGGUACUAUGCUGUAUGGUCUAUUCAGACAAGGUGUUAAGUGUGAAGUGUGUAAUGUAAAUGUUCAUCACAAGUGCAAGAACAAUGUCCCUAACCUGUGCGGAGUUAACCAAAGACUUCUUUCUGAAGCUCUUUCCAGUAUUGAGAUUACAAAGUCUAUGAAAGACAAGAGGACUGCACCCGGAGCAAGUAAUGGUAAACAUGGAUAUGCUCAUCUUCAUGAUGAUGAUGACGAUGAUCUAGAUGAAGCUGUAUAUGAACCUCUGUGGACGACAGAUGGACCCCCUGAAAGACCAACUGCACCUCCACCAAAAUACAGCAUUGAUGACUUCAUGCUUCAGAAAGUACUAGGAAAAGGCAGCUUCGGCAAGGUUAUGUUAGCCCAGCAGAAGGGAACCAACAAGUACUUUGCCAUCAAGGCUCUUAAAAAAGAAGUUGUCCUUGAGGAUGAUGACAUUGAAUGUACCAUGGUUGAAAGACAUGUUCUAGGAUUAGCUUGGGCACACCCUUUCCUUACUCAUCUAUACUGCACCUUCCAAAGCAAGGAGCACUUGUUCUUUGUUAUGGAGUACCUUAAUGGUGGCGAUCUCAUGUUUCAUAUACAGUCUUCACUACGCUUUGAGGAAAAGAGAGCUAGGUACUAUGCAGCUGAGAUUAUCUGUGGUCUACAGUUUCUACACAAGAGGGGUAUCAUCUAUCGAGAUUUGAAGCUGGAUAAUGUCCUAUUGGACAGAGAUGGUCAUAUCAAGAUUGCUGAUUUUGGUAUGUGUAAGCAGAAUAUUCAGGGAGAUACAAAGGCCAGUACUUUCUGUGGAACACCUGACUACAUUGCUCCAGAGAUCUUGAAAGGUCAGAAAUAUGCUGCAUCAGUUGAUUGGUGGUCAUUUGGUGUCUUGCUGUAUGAAAUGUUGAUUGGUCAAUCUCCAUUCCAUGGUGAAGAUGAAGAUCAAUUGUUUGAUUGUAUCCUUCAUGAUUCUCCUCAUUAUCCAAGAUGGCUUUCUAAAGAUGCACAUAGCUGCUUAGUACAGUUGUUGGAACGCAACCCUGAGAUCCGACUUGGAGUGAAAAGUAAUGUUCGAGGGCAUCCGUUCUUUAAAUCCAUUGACUUUGAUAGGCUAGAACGGAGAGAAAUUCCUCCACCCUUCAAGCCCAAAAUUAAAAGCGAUGGUGAUGCCAGCAACUUUGACCCCGAGUUCACUAUGGAGAAAGUGGCCCUCUCCCCUACAGACACCUCCAUGCUCAGUUCCAUCAAUCAACGUCAGUUCCGUGGUUUCUCAUUCACCAAUCCUACCAUGUCAGAGAAAUAGAUGGUAGAGAUUUCCAAUUCCCAAAGACAGAACCCAUUCCUUAACCCAUGCUGAUUACCAUGUUUAGCAAGUGUUUUGCAAUGCUGACACUAUCCAAGACCCUGUGACUGAGAGAUGGUUGAGGAACAGAGAGUUAACUUGAUUCUUUGUACCCUCUUCCAUUCCUUUGCUGAAGGAAUAAUCUAGUUUCACCUGUCAAACACUAAGCACUGGUUCUUUUCUUUUUAUAUAUAUAUAUACUGCCGCCAUUGUUAGCAUUAUCAGGGUUUUAUGACCCUGUUAUGCCUACCAUUACACAUGACUGGGCUCCAAGCUGCCUCAAGUUCGUCAUCUAUACUACUCUAGGAAGUGAGACAACCAUUGAUGCUUUUAGGUGUAUGUUAUACCUUCUCUAUGUUUGUCAAGUUGGAUGAUCAUGAUUUAUCCCAGCAUUAUACUCAAUAUUCCUCACAGGAACAAAUUAUUCAUGAGAGUAUCAAGGAACUGAUGGUGCAAAUAUAUUGCAGAUAGUCCAGUUUUUUCAGUAUAUUGUGAGAAUAAUUUUCUACAUAUAGGCUGUAAGAAAAAAAGAUAUUGAUAUCGUAAAGGGUUUUAUGUUUAUUUUGUGUGUGCUUCAUGGAGCUGAGGUUGCCCUAUCUGACAUGCUUGAUGUGGAAGUUAGGUUACCAUUUAGAUCAACUCUUGUAAAAUAUCAGUCUUUGUAUAAUAUUGUGAUUCACAAAAACUCAUUGUGUAGAACACACCCAUUUGAAAAUUUGUGGUUUCUUUAUAGAAUAUGGUGAUACUUUAACAAUACCUCAUUGUAAAAGUUUUUGCUCAUUUUUUAAAAGAAAAAAAACUAUAGCAAUAGCUCGGUACGCCUGUGUUGGAAGAUGUUUUAUGAAAAAAAAUCUUUUUAAGAUUUUUUUUAAUCAAGUGUAGUGAAAUGGACUUUUCCUUUGUUGGUUCAUCAAGAGAAUCAAUCUUGCCUUUGAAUCGCCACUUGAACAGUUGCUUUAUAUCCAGGCACAUUUUUAGAACUUGUUUUACAUUAGUUUUAAAAGUGAUUAGAAUGUAUAUCAUUCAGUUUGUCAGUCUAACUAUUUAGAAAUAGAUAAAAUAUUGUUAGAAAAUCAGGAUAAGGUUGAAUAAUUAUCUGAGUCCUAUAACACAAAUUUCACAAUUAAGUGCAAAUUUAUGAAAUAAAAAGCUUUCGUUUUGUUUACUCUUCAUUGUUUUGAAUGAAAUACAGAUGCAGUUUUCUAUUGCUUGAAGGAUUGAUUACAUUUUUUUGUGUAACAUGGGGUUGGUUGUGUGUUUGAAUUUUCAUAAUGUUUGCAAUUUCAAGUGCAGUUUUUGUACUUGUUUUCUUUCAGUUUUGCACAUUAAAAGUACUCACGCUGAAUGUGUUGUGCCUUUCAAAUUUUUCUAUUCAUUCUUGGACAAACAAUCAAACAUUCCUUGUGGUGUUUAGUAUAUAUUUCUUUCAAUUCAUUCCUUCGUUAAAAAAGACCAUAUGAAUAUUGUUUAUGAUCUACAGUUCCAUAUUGUAGACAAUGCCUUAUUUAUUUUUGUUUACCGAUUAUUCUGACAAACUCUACCCCCUUCAUCUCUUUUUCUUCUGUAUAUAUUAUUCAUACUACAUAAUUUGAUAGCAGUGUUGAAUUGAUUAUCAUUAUUUAGUACAUAUAUGUGAUAAAAUGAUUUGAACUAUUUAAGAAAUGGAGUUGAAGAAAAAGAAAUUGUUUGAUAAUCGUUAAUACAGAGGCUCAUGACCUACCAUCGAACAGAAUGUAAAGGUCAAGUUUUAUGUGUAUUACAGUUAUUUGUUGUGUGGCAUUAGAUCUACUUAUUUAUUAUGGUAUUAUUGAUAUUAUGUAAUUAAGAGACUAACUUUGCAAUGUUAAAAAUUUCAUAAUGAUGCUUCUAAAAUAACAAUAUGUGUGUCCUAUCAACUACAACUAACAAUACUCCUUAAGAAACUAAUGCCUUUUUUAGGUAUUGAAUAUUUUGUUUAUAUCCUUUGUUUAUCAUACAUCAUCGAAGAAGUGUGCCUCUCAUUCUGUGUCUCUGUAUUUUUUACAUUAUAAUUAAAUAAACCAUAGUGACUAAUGUUUUUUCUUUUCAUACUACUGGUGAAGAGGGCCAUGUAAAUGUUUCAAGAUAAGUUUAGAAUCCUUUCUAUGAGGUUACCUUGGAUAUAUUGUGUUCUGGUGAACUAUAGUUAAUUGUACAACAGAUGAUUAUGAAUAGAUCAUGCAUAUAUAAAACCCAAAAUAUUUUUUUCCCUCACCUUUAUACUAAAAUUUCUCAGAUAAUGUGUAAUUGAAAUACACCUUUUUUGAGUGGAAAGAUAAAGUGAAGAAAUAUGUUUGAUACAUGUUUGAAGUCAUUAUAUUUUCUGUCUUAUUGUAAUUUAAAUCUAAACUUCAGCAAGCCAGCAACACCAUAAUCUUACAUCUAGGAGGUAAGCACACUGUUCUUUUCAAAAGGAACGAGUUGAUUGAUUGAAAUCAAUCAAACAUGCACAUGUGAAUAAGGACAUUUUGUUUAGGGCUCUAGAUGACAAAUUGUAGCAUUGUUGCCUUAUUUGUAAUUUAGAUUAUUCUCCUUCACAUUCUUCAUAGGAUGGGGCCAAGAAAGGCAAGAAUACCUCAAUUUAAGGUAAUGCAAAAUAACUCAACAACCCUUGAGUGCUUCUGUAUACCUUUUGAUAUCCACAUGGGUAGAUAAGAAGCAAGUGUUAGCAGUACAAGUUGAAAAAUGAAUACUUUAUUGGUUUUUUACUUUUGUAUCUCAUACAAAUCCUUUAAAGACUAGUAUUACUUUGAAAGAGUAAAAUAAAAUCUAACAUUAUAGAAUGAUAUGACCAUACAAGUAGUGUGAGGAUGAUAAUCGUUAAUUUGUGACAUCCGUUUUGUAGAAAAAUAUUAUAAAAAUAUAAAUAGAGAGGUAGUGUUUUAUAUUUUUGUACAUGUAUUUUGUCAUAGUGAUUGAAAGCAUUUUGUGUGCUUGACCAUGGUGUAUAUUGUGAUAAUUCACUGACAUUUUGUAAUAUUCAUACAUCUUGGUCAAUGGAAAGAAAAAAAAUCAUGAUUUAGAUAUUAAGAUAGGAUCUUUCAUUUGAAGAUUUUUCUUGUCAACUGCCUUGUGAGUUAAAAAGUAGUUCAUAAUGCCUGCUAUAUGUUCUCUUGUAUUGUUAUGGUAGUCAAUCUACUUAAAUCCCUCAGCUAUGUCUAUUGUAAUACAUGCUGUUUUAUGUGAGUUAAAAAGUAAUUCAUAAUGCCUGCUAUAUGUUCUCUUGUUAUGGCAAUCAUUCUACUUAAAUCCCUCAGCUAUGUCUAUUGUAACACAUGCUGUAUUAUGUACAGUGAGUCAUUACUGUCCUUCGCAAUUUCAUCUCUAGUUCUUGUUCAUUGACAUACUAUGUCAGUCAUAUUCAGGUACACGUCAAUUUAAUCUGGCUGUUUACUUAAAUUGAUUAUCAUAGUGAAAUGAAAAUGCAAAGUACAAUAGAUAUUAUGAAGAAGAUUAGAGAAAUAGCUAUAUGAUUAUAUUAUAUACAUGUAUAUAUAUCUCAGUUUACUGUGUGAAAUAUAUUUCAUGGUGUCAUAUAUAUAAAUAUUAGUUUUAUAGCAAAGAAUGAAGUAUGAUGAAUAUAUGUACAAAAGGUCUUGAAUAUGUGAUGUUUAUCUAUUACAAGUUUAAUCAUAAUGCUUAUUGUAAAAAAAAAGUUUGCUAUGAAUACAUCCAUAUGCAGGGUGUUUUAUCAUGCUGUGCUCUUUGUUUAAAAACAGAAAAGUAGAUGUUCAAGAAAGUGUAUCAAAGAAUAAACCCAAAUAAGAACAAAUCAAGUAAUCGCAUACUGUUUACAAAAUCAAUCCAAAGACAGACUAAUUUGUCUUUGUGCCAAUUAGAAAAAAAAACUUGUACCGUCCCUGUAGACUGUUUUACAAUUAUGUACCAGUAUGCACAAUUUUGAAGAAUAAUAAGCAGUAACAAGUAAUUGAUAAUGAUGAUUAUUACUUGAUAUUACAUAUUUGAAUAUGAUACAAUGCAUUCCAUACAUUAUACUAUUCAACUACUUUAAAUAUUGUGAAUAUAACCUGAAAGAAUAAUGACUGCACAUUAAAUACUAUUGAAGAUAGAAGAGCCCUUCAGCAGUAUAAUUAUAUGUAUAUUUUCUUUCUCUAUCAAGUUGUUGGAGGAGAUCAUUGUUGUGAAGCAUUUUGAGCAUUCCCCAUUUGAUGUUGAUUGAAUUUGGCAAUCACAUAUGCACAAAACCAAGACUAAUAAUUUUCCAAGAUGUUUUUGGAAUAGAACUCUCUCAUGAAAAUAAAAGGAUUGAUUUUCAGAAUGCAGCUUCUCUCGAGAGAUAAGAUCAAAUAAUCAGUGACUUUGAUGAAAAUAAUUACAUCAUAAAUACUGAAUAUAUAAUUUGUAUAUUUUUGAAUAGGUGAUCGGUCAUCUGGGAUGCUCUGAAAAAUGUUACUAUAGUUUGAACCAAAAUGUCAAGUGUUGAGCACUUCCAUGAGGUAUAUGUAUUUAUCAUUUACUUGCAAAGAUGAUUCCCAAUAUAAAGAUUAAAUUCAUUGUGAUCUAUACUAGUGAUUUUAAUUAGAUUUACCGUGUAAUGGUAAAAGUACAACUCUUAAAUGUAUCAAUUAUCUAAACAUCAAACUCUUUGCAAUUUUUAAAGGAAUGUAAUAAAAAUGAUGAAGUAGAAGACUAGAUUACUGAUAUGUGAGACAGGCAUAUACUUUUAUGUCGAAUUCUCGGAAAUUUAAUUUAAAAUGCUAAUUUGGUUGAAUCGUGUAUAAGUGAGAACUAUGUUUUGAUCUAUAUUGGCAGUGUUGAUAUAUAUAUUUGCAACCAUGUACAGUAUUUUCGUAUGUAUUUAAAGAUUGAGAAACUAUGUUAGUAGUAUAUUGAAGUAGAAAAUUGUACCCAAGAGCACAUUCUUUUCUAAUACUUCAAACAGGGAUAAUAAUUAUGGCUGUAUUAAAAGGGAAGAUGAUACACAUGA